CAGUCCACAACUCUCACACCGAAACAGCUCCUCAUUUCUCCUUCUUUUCCCACACACUCAGCGUGUUUGUGCGUGUGAUUUUUCUUCCUAGCUGUUUGAUUCAUAUUCAGGCAUGAGAUUUUCCGGAAAUGGAGAUUCCGGCCUCUGAUGAUCGGAUUUCGGAGAAGUGACGUAAUGUCGAUAGGCCUUUUUUUUUCUCUUUUUUCUUCCCUGUGGUGGUGAGUUUAGCCGUAUUUGUUAGCCCUAAGCAAAAGCCAAGCUAUUUUUAAUUUUUACGUAGCAUAGUUUAGAAGUUAUUCCAUGCUUGGUCUCGUGGAUAAUAAGCGAUGAAUUAUUGGAGUGAUGCUGAUAAUCCUUGAGAUAAAGGCAUAUGAUGGUUAAGAUUUUCUGGUUUUUGCAGAUUGGUCAACGUCAGAUCCUCAGUUUUUUGUGUCAAUUGAAAUUGUGCUGGGAUUAAAGAUUGUUUGUUGAAUAUCACCCAGUUUUACCUUAUUCAUCUAACUUUGUUUGUUUGAUCAGCUCACUGCCCUACUUUGAGGUUAUUGAGUGGAUGAUCAGUACUUUUUUGUAAUAAUGAAAUUUCCUGAAAUGGAUAUGGUAAGGAGAAUUAGGAUGAUUAGAAAUUGAAGCGUUUCUCCGUUGACUGUGAAAUUUCCGAAGAAUGUGCUUUAGAAAAAUGAUACCUCAAAAUUGAAAGCGCUAGAAAAAUCAGCGGUUUCGAAUCUUGAUCAUCACGCCCUGAAAGUAACGCCCUAUACCAUAUGAAGAUUCAGCCUAUUGAUUUCAACCCCCCAGGGGAGCCGCAGCCUAAAUUCGAGCCGGUGGCGAAACCAAUAUUCAGGACGAGGUUUAAGCGGCUUUUUGAGAGGCAGUUAUCGAGCGUCUUGAGAAUACCGGGGUCGGAUAAGCCAGCGGGCGCCACUGAGCCGCUGUACAACUGCAGCAAGGAUGGUUUAGAGGGUUUGGAGCCGAGCACGGUAUGUCUAGCGAAAAUGGUUCAGAAUUUUAUCGAGGGGAGCAACGAAAAGCCACAGCAGAGGUGUGAGAGAAAACGGUGCAAUUGUUUCAACGGCAACUGUACGGAUAGCUCCGACGAGGAGCCAGACUCAUACAAUUUUUCUUCCGUCGACGCAUGUGAUGUUCUCAAGGGUCUGGUGCCCUGUUUGUGCGUUUCUGAAAGAAAUUUGCUAGCGGACGCUGCAAAAAUCGUUGAGAGAAACAAGAUCAACAAGCGUAAAGACGGGUUAUGCAGAAAAAUUGUGACAGAUGGGCUAAUUGCUCUUGGACACAAAGCUUCAAUCUGUAAAUCGAAAUGGGAUAAAUCCCCAUCAUUCCCCGCUGGAGAAUAUGAGUAUGUGGAUGUAAUAAUUGAAGGGGAGAGAUUUAUAAUUGACAUUGAUUUUAGAUCGGAGUUCGAAGUUGCAAGGUCCACGAAGGCGUACAAACUGGUUCUCCAAACACUACCCAACAUAUUCGUUGGCAGAGCCGAUCGUCUUGAGAAAAUCAUCGACAUUGUAUCAGAAGCAGCUAAGUUAAGUCUGAAGAAGAAAGGCAUGCCUAUUCCUCCAUGGCGCAGAGCCGAUUAUGUAAAAGCCAAAUGGCUCUCGCCUUUCACCCGAAUCAGCCCAACUCCAAUCUCUUCCCGCACUACAAGCAACCAGUAUCCGGAAACAGGGCUGACGGGUGAGAAAGAGGAGGCUUCAGUUGCAAAGGGAAGUUCAUGUGAUGGUGAUUUCGUAAUGAUCUUUGCAGAGCAAUGCUCUCCCAUGGAGAAGUUUGACAAUGGUGUGUUUACUUUAACCAACAUUAACAGCCCGGAAGCUAGUGUUAAGGAUGUGGCUCUGUUCGUGAAGCCAUGGGAGCCACCGGAGAUUAAACCAAAGAGUUUGCACAGACGAAUGAAGAUCGUGACCGGUUUAGCUUCUGUGAUUGAAGAUAAACCAUAAACAAAUUUUGGGUCCUUUUUUGAGGUACCUUUUGAUCUUCCUGAUGUUACCAGAACUGCUCACCUUAUUAAACCUGAUGCAGGGUACCAUUUUGUGGGAGGUUUGUAUUGUAAUUCCCUUCUCCUUUUAGUGCAAGGGUGUUAAAAGUAUUACAAACAAGUAGUAUUUUCCAAAUAAAAAAUGAAUACAAUUACUUUGUCUUGAAUGUUUGUGUUUUGGUUUUCCUAUUGUGAUUCUUGGCUUCAUGUAGUGGAGAUCAAGGGAUGUAAAAGAACAAGCAGAAGAGCUGAUCAUUUGCUGUAAUUUAUGUAUUUUUAUUUUUCA